UGGUUCCUUGCGGCUCUUCCGUGGUGCUGGUACUCUGUAAUCCUGGAUGUACGCUGGCUCCCCUCUUCUUCAUUGGCAAAAUGAAUAGGUGCAAUAAAAAUAUUUUCCAGCGAAAAACAGGACCCUUGAUUUCGGGGUGUGGGCAUGAAAGUCACUGGGAAAAUGAAUUUCCUGCCAUUCGAACAGACACCAGGAAGCAGGCUCCCUGAUGCUGAGGAGGGAAAGAUGCUCAUCAGAACUGAAGAGGCCUGAAGACUCCCAUGGACUUGAAAUUCCUAUUGGUACUUCCUCAUGGGACGCCCAGUUGUAAACACAGCCUGGCUUCCGCCAUCUUUUUAUGUAUGCAUCUUCUUUGUUUAAUCUGGGCUACACCUUCUGCUGGAGACCAUAUAAGGACAUUGAAAGAAGGGAGUCUAGCUCUUGCUCCUUCGCCUGCUUGCCCUCUGGGACUGAGCAACUGCUAGAUCCUUGGACCUCCAUUCACAGCUACUACUGACCAUUGUUGGGAAUUGAACUGCAGACUGUAAGUCAUCAAUAAAUUCCUUUACUAUAUAGAGACUAUCCAUAAGUUCUGUGACUCUAGAGAACCCUGACUAAUACAGGGUGUCUUGAGCCAACAUUGAGGUUCCCUCAGUAGGGAUUGAACAAGUUGUGUUUACAUAUUUAGGAGUGUGUUUGUAUAUGUAAUAAAAAUUAAAAAAAAAAGAAGCAGCUAUCAAUUUGAGAGCAAUCAAGGGGGUGCAUGGGGAGGUUGAGGGAGGGGAAAUGUGAAAUUAUGUAAUAUAUAUAUUUUUUAAAAAGCAUAUACUGACAAAUUGGAUUAAAAAAUAAGAUCCAUGUUUUGUGGCCUCUAAUAAAAACCACUUUACCAUCAAUGAUAGAUAUGAUUAUUUUAACAUAAAAUAAUGGGAAAAGGUAUUCCAGGCAAAUGGAAUGAAGAAAUAAACAGACUAUUCUAUUCUAAUAUCUGAAAAAAUAGAUCACAAACGAAAACUAAUGAAAAGAUAUGCUAGUGGACAUUUCAUACUUAUUGAAAUAAAAAUCCACUGAGAUGAUAUUCUAAUUCUAAACAUUUAUCCACCAAAGAAGUACCUGAUUUCAUAAAAUAAUCUUAUUAGGUCUUAAACCAGAAAUUGACCCAAACACAAUGAUAGUGGGUGAUUUAAUACUCUACUACCCCCAAUAGACAAGACUUAGGGCUGGAUAAAAUUAAUGAAACAGAUUUAAAAAAAAACAAAAAUAUAAGCAAUCAAUUCUUUGCUGAUCCUUUGAAAAGAUUAACAAGAUUGACAAACAUUUAGCCAACUAUCUAAAAGAUAAUAGAGAAGACCAAAAUUAAUAAAAUCAGAGAUGAAAAGAAAAAUAUUGUUUCAGAUAUUUAUUCAGUGAAUCCUAAAGACACAUUUAUUAUAAAUAAUGUAUUUUAUUUUGCAGAGACAAACCAGAAUUCAUCCAAUCCUUUAGAGUAUGAGUUCUAUUUUAUAAUAUCGUAAACAUACUUUUUUAUUUAUAUAAAUAUUUUUAUAGUGAUCUCUCAAAUAUUCUAAAAACUCAGUACUCAUGACUAACUUAAAAAUUUACAAUACUAAAAAAUAUCUGACAAAUUACUUCCUAUAAAUAGCAUUAAAAUAAAUGUGCAGAAUUUAUUAAAUUCAUUAUUCCAUAUAUAAUAGUUACUUAUGUGGUUACUUUCCCUAACCUAAUAUUAUUAUUUUGCCACAUCUUUUAUUAAAUUAACAAAAAGGUGUUUUAUUCUGGUAUUAUUAAAGUAGAAUUACUUUCUUCAUUUUUUUGGAUUGUUCAUGAAUUACUUAGAAAUUGGACAAAAAGUUAUGUUCUCAUGUGUAUAUUGCAACUUUGAUGAUUCAUUUGUGAGUUAUGGUUUUGGUGACUAAUAUAGGAGUCUUCACAUAAAAGAUUAUAUAAUUUGAAAAUCAAGACAAUUGUACUUGUUUCUUUCCAACUUGAGCACCAUUUUAAAUCAAGAUGCCCUAGUUUGUUUUACUUAUUUAUAUUUAAUUGUUUCAUUUCUUAUUCUUGUGUGUAUGUAGGAGGUUGUGCGUGGAGGUGUACGUGCAGUAGUGUGGGUGCGCAGAGGUCAAAGGACCUCAGGAGUGAGUCAGCUCUCUCCAUCCAUCAUGUGGGCUAAAGCUUGUUCCUGUGUAUUGUAAUGCUAAAUUCUAUACCAAUCUUUUGCUGUGCAAACCUUGCUCCUUGAUUUAAAACUAUUUGUUAAAUAAAACUAGCUGCAACUAAUUACUGGAAGGAUUAGAGAUAGGUAGGUUUGGAAUGACCUAGUUGGAGGACAGCAAGAGAAGAAAGAGGAAGAACAAGAGGAAGAGAAGAAGCCACUGUGAGAGGAGAUAGACCGUGAUCACGUGGCCAGGAGAAACAGCAAGUAUCUGGGAUACACCACUGGGAAAGAGCAGGCAGGCUAGCAGUUAGAAGAGGAGAUUAGAGGUUACCCCCCAGUAAUUGUCAAAAUCAAAUCCAAUAGCCAUAGCCUGAGUCUCAUUUAUUUUUAAACUAGUCGGUGAUAGGCUUAAACUGGUUGUACUGCACAUGUGGGUUCCAGUUAGUAAUUUUGGGUCAUCAGACAUAGUGUUCUUUAGUUUCUGAGCCUUCUUGAAGACCUAAAGGGCCCUAUAUUAAGCAAUGUGUGAUAGACCCCUUGUCUUAUCUUGAACCACAGGUAGAAAGGUUGAGGUACUCAACAGCAAAUAUGAUAGUAGUGUGUGGUAUCCAUGGAUAUCCUCAUCAGAUGGAUGCAAUUUACAGCUAUUCCUAGAUUAUUAAGUGUGUUUACUAUUCAAGGGUAUCAUUUCUGCUAGAUGCUUUUAUGCAUCUAUUGAAAUAAUAAUGCAUAUUUUUAAUUAAUUGAUUGUAUUUAAUUUUGUUCAUGAUAAUGCAUAUUUUUAAUUAUACUGAUAAAAUAUUAGUCUUGUAAUCUGUGUGAUAAAUGCACUCAAGUCGGUUAUAAUGGUGUGUAUGUUGCUGGUUCCUACUUGCUUCUGUUUUUUUUUUCAGAUUUUCAUGCAAAUUCAUAAGAGAUUGUCUUGUAAAAAUGUUUUAAGCUGAGUGUCAAGAAAUACUGGUUUUAGAAUAGUUUGUUAAAUACACUAUCAUUUAUCUUUAAGAUCUAUUAAUACUUUUAAGUAAUUUUAUUUGUGAGAAGAUAUAUCUCUAUAGCUCUCAAUCCUCCUUCUCCCCCAAUCUUACUAUAUCCCUACCCCUUCCUCCUGAAUUCAUGAUUUAUCCUUUAAUUAUUAUUAUUACAAAUCCUCUAUUUUUGUUGUUGUUGUUAUUGAAGUCAGGAGUGAAGGCAGCUGUAUUAGUUACUUUUGCUGUAAUCAAAUACCAUGACAAAGGAAGCCUACAGUAGGAAGGGUUUAUCUGGGCUUAUGGUUCCAAAGGGUUGGGAGCCAUAAUGACAGGGACAACAUGGAAGAGGAUGGCAUCUGGAGCUGGAAGCUUAAGAGUUGAGAGCUCACAUCUCAUACAGCAAGCACAACACAGAGAGAGCAACCUGAGCAUGGUAGGAGUCUCUGACCUCCCACAUCUCACCAUCAGUGACUUUCUUCCUCUGACCUCUCACAUUUCACCAUCAGUGACUUUCUUCCUGUGGGGUUUGCGGCACUGCCUCUUUCCUUUCUUCCUGAUUAGAGUACUCUCAGCCACUGCUCCCUCUUUUCUUCCCGAUUUGAGUACCCUGAGCUACUGCUCACUUAUCAUGGGCAAUCUCACGAAAGUUCUUAAGGCUGUUUCACAUUUCAAACAACUAGCUCUUGGCAUUCUUGCGUGUUUGUACUGUCUUCCUAUUCUGUUUCGUUAACUUAUAAUUGCAUCAUUAUUCUCCUUCCUCUCACAAGAUUUACAUUUGCUUUUCUCACUUGGCAGUGCCUAAGACAGCAGGUCACCUUCUUGAUUUCAGAGUUUUAUUCUAUCUUUCUCUGGGCGUGUGAAGCUCUGAAUCUCCUGGGAAGAAUGUUUUAGCGGCAUGUGGCAUGUUGAAAGACACUUAGUUUUGUCAGUCACUUCCCAGUGUUUUGUGCAUUAAAUUCUGAUCUGUUCUUUAGCUCAUUCAUUAUUUAGCACAUGAUAAAACAGUAUUAAUAGUCACAAGCCACUAUUUUUCUGAAUUUCCAUUCCUGACUGCACUCAGAAGCUGACUGUACCUCACCUGCACUUUAGAAACACAGAAACAAUCCAAACAUAUAUAUUAACAAUAUAUAUGUUCACAGUAGUAAUUGUGGAGCGUUACUUCCACAAGUUUUAAUAUCGCUCUAGAAAAAAAUGCCAAUAUAUAUUUAGUUUAUAAAACUAUUAAGGACAUAGGGCCUUAUUAAAUCCAAAAAUUGACUCUCCCCUUUUCCUGCUUAAUUCUCUAGAAUGAACAAAGUAUUCACAUUCCUUAUCUGUGUUAGGAUCAAUAACUGCACUCAUAUUUCUAGGUACAGGAGGUCCUGCAUUGGAACACCUGCUGCCAAGAGAUGAUCUAUUGAGAAGUACUUGAUUUGCUCAAAUGAAGUUAUCCUCAUUAUGGUCCAAUGCCUUUGUCAUCAAUGUGGCCAUUGCUUUGUAUGCUGAAACUGCCUUCCUAUCAGCACCCAAACUUAAAAUAGACUGUAGACCAUAUCUGGAUUCUAAUGACAAGUGUACCAGAGAGUAUCAUCCUGUAUGUUCAACUAGCGGAAAAACUUAUUGCAAUAAAUGUACUUUCUGCAAGGCACUGAGACUUGAUACAAUGUCUUCCUCUCUAUUAUGGAUCAAAAUCACUUUCAUCCUGGCCUUGGUGGUCCCCUUUUACUAUGGAACUACUUUUGCAUUUUCCAAAGAAGCUCGACGUCAGCCAGAUUGCGACAAGUACAGAACAUUCCCAAACCAGUGUACCAGAGAAUGGAACCCAGUCUGUGGGACUAAUGGAUUCACUUACAGCAACGAGUGUGUUUUCUGCAACGCAAAGAUAGCUGCUAAAGAAAAAAUUGAUUAUCGGCAUUUUGGUCCCUGCUGAGUUUUGUACAAUGUUCCGAGUCCUGUGGCUAUCCCUUUUCAUGGUGGAUUUGGCAAUCAAGUAGAAUGUUCUCAAUCAAUGCUGAAAAUUCCUAGACAGCAAGGGAAACUUUCUGUGGGUAAUAAAGUGGAAUACAGGAUAUUGAAAGAAUUUUUUCAAGCUGUGAUUGAAGGGUUUUAUUUCAAUCAAUUUAUUAUAGUGUUAAAAAAUUGCUGUCUUAAUUUUGUGUGUGAAAAAACUCAGUGUGGUUUGUAACCAUAGAUGUUUCAUUCACUAAAAUGUUAAAUAAGUUUUAUUCUAAGUAUUAUUUAUCUUAGAGGCACUUGCUUAAGAUGGUUAAGGUGAAUGAACGCGUUUAGAAAUUGUAAUUUGUUGAUGCAAAAAAAAAAAAAACCCAAACAACCAAAACAAAACAAAACAAAAAAACCCCCACAGCUCUCACCUUGAAGGGAAUAGAAGAUAUUUUGGGGGCACAUUUUGUGUAACUGUGAUCACAGAUUUAAGUUACCCCAGAGUCUAUGUUCUAACACGGAUGCAGCUUUAUAAAGUUUAUAAUCUUACAGAACAUAGGAAGUCAUAAAUCAAGGCAAGUUCAACAUACAUUGGUGGGUGCAUCAGAGAGGCGGCUACAGCAAGAUGGGAGAAGCUUUUCCCUUGGCCUUUGCUGUGGUUUGAGUGUGAAAGGCUCAUAGGUUCAUGUGUCUGAAUUAUUGGUCCCCAGUUGGUAGAACAUUUGAGGAAGGAUGAGGAGCUGUGGCCUUGUUGGAGGAGAUGUGUCACUUGGGGUGAGCUUUAAGAUUUCAAAAGCCCACACCCUUCCAUUCUCACCAGCUCCCCCCCCCCAUUUUUCGUCUCUACCUACCUAAUUCCCGUGUAUCAGAUUGAGCUCUCAGAUUCUGCUCCAUCACCAUGUCUGCCUGCUGCCAUGCUCCCCACCCCCACCCCAUCAUUGGCCAUGGACUCUUACUCUGCAACUGUAAGCAAAGCCCCAAGUUAAAUGCUUCCUUUUACAAGUUGCCUGAGUCAUGGUGCUUUGGUCACAACAACAAAAGUAACUAAGAAAGCCUCAGAUUCUGUCCGAUGACACUCUUGGUUUUUGUGCUGGUGGAGGCUAGCAGUUGGUUAUGUUAACAGACUUAAAAAGGGUUCUACCCAUUAGUCACAGGAUGCUACUUCUGGAACAGAGGUGGGCAAGACAUGGAUGGAUAUUCUGGAGACUAAAGCUAGCCUGAUAUAAGGUAAUUAGCCCCUGGACAUAUAGCAGUUCAGUCUCUCCACACACUGUUGUAGUCAGUUAAUCAGUAUUGUAGAGACAGCUCCUUUCCAGAAAAUAUCGUUCACACAUUCAGGAAGCAUUUUCACAGAUGAACAAAUAAAACAUGAUGUGAGUAUUCAUUGCAAGCACAGAUCAAGAACUUCCUUUAUACUUAAACCUGAGUGGCUAAUGAGAUACCUGGAAACUUGAAUUCUAGUAAGUACCCUCUUGGUUAGUUAUAGUGAGAGCCUAGGAGCUGAAUAGAUUCCUGGUAGACAAACAGACAGGAAAGAAAAGCUCUGUGUAGUAUCAUGGACUAUUCUCUUAAACAUUUAAGAUGGCCAUCUUCCUGAUUAUCUUCCUCUUUUCAAGGCAAAGACUUGGUGAGUCUUAUCUCCCCCUGGGAAGAACUUGGUAGGCCUUUCUUGUGGGUAGCUUCUGUGGUAAGAACCAAUCAGCUUUCCUCUCUUUGUCUAAUGACCCAAGCUCCCACACACACCCCAUGACAACCCAACAAGCCAGUUCUGAGGAAUUAGAGAGCCCACUGCAUCACCAGACAAAUAUUGGCUUUUUAAAAAACACUAGGGCACCAUUUAAGGUCCCUCUCUACCUGGUGGAAUGUGUAUUUUUAUGUGCUGUGUUGUACAUUCAUAUUUAUGCUUUCAUUAAAAUCUGCCUAGGUGCUGAGACA